CCCUGCUGUUCCCAGGCUCUGGAAGUGAUCCGGCAGCUGAAGGAGUCCAUGGAGAUCCAGAGGGCCCACAUGAGGCUGCGCCUGGUGCUGCCAGCCAAGGAGGCCAAGAGGCUGAAGGAGAAGCUGAAGCCACUGCUGCAGGUGGUGGAGAGCGAGGACUUUGACGAGGAGCUGGAGAUGGUGGUUCUGGUGGACCCCGGCUGCUUCAGAGAGAUUGACGAGCUGAUCCGCUGUGAGACUAAAGGCCGGGGGUCUCUGGAGGUCCUCAAUCUGAAGGAUGUGGAGGAGGGAGAGGAGAAAUUCUAGCAACCCCCCCCCAUCAGGACUGUCAUCCACACUGACACGCUUCACCCCCCCUCACAGACUGUGUCUCUCUGAGGGACUAUAUUUUUGAGGAGACUCUUGCAAAGUUCAGCCAAUCCUGUUCCAGAGUGUUAAACAGAUGUGUUUAACUGAAGGAAAGGUUUUUGCCAGAUGUGCGUGCUCGGUGGAAUGAAUUUUGAAAAUUAAUUUGAGUAUGUAAAUUAAUUUGCGUUACAUUUUACUGAAAAAGUAAAAGCUCUGGCCUGCAGUGACGUAUUUAUUCAGCUUCACAAACACAACUGUCAGACUGUGUGCCAUAUAGUCACGCUCUAUAUCCCAGUUUUAUGGAUAAUUACCUUAACCCAAAAACAUAUAUUUUGUCAUAAUGAAUGAUCUUUCUCUGUAACAAAUAAAUAUAUUAAUUUGACAUCUUC